CCCCCCGGAUCGGGACAGCGCAUUGCGAGAUUUGCGAGGCCAUUCACGAACGCAAAUUGAAUCGCGAUUUUCCCAGGGGACAGCGCAUUGCGAGAUUUGCGAGGCCAUUCCCGAACGCAAAUUGAAUCGCGCUUCCGCCCAACCGCGACCCGCGCAACCCGCGGCGCAUGAGCUCAGUUAUAAGGGCUUCACCUUCAGUCCCCUUCUCAGUUGCUUUCUUGUAUCGCUAGAGGGAGGUUUGACUACACUGGACUGAGGACUUGUCUUGGAGUGGAUCUGCUAUCUAUGCGGUGGAAGAUGGGAUCUAUUUUAUUGCUUGCACUAUGUGUGUUGGCUUCAAUGCUGCACACAAUAAAUUGUGCUGAAGGUGAACAUCACUAUGUUUGUAACAGAGGAGUGCUUUUUAUGCACACGAAGGACUCAGUGGAUUACCAAACUGCCGAGAAUUUUUGUAAAGUCAGAGGCGCCAGUAUACCUAACGCCGACGAACAUUGGAGUUGCAUGCUCGAACUUUCCAAACAAUUACAGAGCACCUAUCCUGACAGCAAACUAUUAUUCUGGGCUACUAAACCUGGUGACUCACCGUAUAGCUAUAAUGGACAUUCCUCGACUCGUAGAGACAAAGAACAUGUAGCCUGCUUUGACAAGAGGAUUUGUAAAAAGCCUACUUAUCCAGACAAUACCGGGUCUUACAGCAGUGGUGUAUUCUCCCAACAAAAAUGGUUGAACACGCUGACUUUAACAUGUAUUACGGGAUAUGAGGUUCACGGUAAUCCACAGGUGACGUGCACACAAGCUCCUUUCACUCCUAGUCAACUACCCGAAUGCGCCAAGAUAUGUACAAAACCAACUGUAACAAACGGAGCUUAUAGGGAAGGUUCAUUCAAUAGCAUAAACAAUCAGCUGGAGGGAACGUGUGACAAUGGCUACACACCCUCACCAGUGCUUAAGGCGACUUGCGACCGUUAUGGCCAGGUGACUGUGGUGGGCAAAUGCGUGAGAGAUGCGACGUGGUUCGGGCGAAGGUCAGGCUAACGCCGAUGCCAACGCGAAAGGGCUGAUGAUGAUGAUGACGAUGUGAAUGAUGUGAAAGAUUAAGAUGAUAUCUAGUAGAUAUUGCAACAUACUCUGCAGGUUGUAUCUGCUGCUCGCUAUGCUUAGUGUCCCGUCUGCUUACCUCAACCAACCCACAGUAACCAGGGUCACUGUAUAGUGAUGGGUGAUAGCAACAGAACCGUAGAAUACCACCCUAUCUCACCUGCCUAGACUGCAUUUGUUAGAAGGCGUUUCUUCGUUUUCUUCAUAUUCUUUUCUCCUUUUCGUUCACUCUUCCCUUCUCUGAUCUCAUAGCGCUGGUAAUACAUAUAUAUAAUCAACCUUUGAUCAAGAGAUUAUUCAAACCAAU